CCUGUUCAGGCGCGCGCCCGGGGGCGGGGCCGGUCAACGUCACCCCCCCCCCUCAACGCGCGGAGAUCUUCCGGAAGUUCCCGAAGAUUCCAGAAGUCGUCUUCCGGAAGACGGAAGGCGCAGAGUGUCAGCGCCCUGAUUGGGCAUUUAACGGAAGGCGUCUUGCGUUAACAAUAACAAUUGUACCCCCUCCCCUCGCCGUCGCGGCGACAAAACCUCGUUGUUGAGAAUUUUAUAUCAAAGUUCAAACUCUCCUGUUCUUCUCGCACGACCUUGACGAGACGACAGCGCCACCGCAGCGUCCACACACGGCCCAGCCCGGCGGCGUCCUUGCUUCCUCCGCCCUCCCUGCCCCCCGGCCUCGGCUGGGCGUCUCGCCCGGCUCAGGGCGCCGCUUCGCCCGCAGCUCAACCAGGCAAGCAGCCACGGCCACGAGACUCGCAAGAUAGAGAGGGAGGCGAGGAAGCGCGCGGGCCCGAGCGAGAGAGGCGCAGGAGCCGGGAAGAAGGGCCGCAUGGCGAACGCCGGCACUGGCACCGCCACCGCUACAGCGGCGCGGACACGCAGGCAGCAGGGCGGGCGGCGCGGCGGUGAUGGCGGUGGUGGCGGUGGUGGUAGGAACCGGCACAAAGGCGCCCAGGGGCAGGGCGCUGGUGGUGGAGCGAUGCGAGCCAAGCAGAAAGAAGUGGGCGGUGAUGUCGGCAGAGGCGCUGCUGCGGCAGCUCGGACCGGUGGCGCCGCGGCGUGCGACAGUGACAUGGGCAUGGAGUGGACGCAGAGCGGAACCCAGGUGACGGUGCGGCUGAGACCACGCGGGGGCAGUGCGGGUGGCGGGGGCCCAGGAGGGGGGGACCUGAGCGACCUGCACAAGGGGGCAACCUUCACGGACCACGCGUGUAUGGUGGCGCUGCCAGAUGGAGGUGAGUGGCGCUGUGAGCUGUACGGGGAGGUGGAGGCGUCGUGCUGCCGCGCGGAGGUGAAGGAGCGUGGUGGGGUGCUGCAACUCACCAUGCCCAAGCGCAUCCCGCUCUACACGUGGCCCGCACUCACCACCACGAAGAAGAAACCGGCGGAGGAGGUGACCGAAACAUCCGGUGUCUCCCCACCACGUCUCGCGGAAUCGGCAAAAUCGACCACCGGCAACGGCACCGGCAUCGUGCCCCACCGGUCGCUCGCCAGGGAAGCCGAGGAGACGGUGGCGGCUGUGGCGCCAGCACUGAUACCAUCGCUGGCUGAGGCAGCGCCGCCGGCAAGCGCCCCUCCCAGGCCUGUUGGGAAAAAAGGCGGCGGUGGUGGCAGCGGUGGUGGCAGCGGUGGCAAAGCUGCGGCGAAAGCGGCUGUACAGGGAGUGGUGGUGGAGGCGGCGGUAUCCCUGCCUACUGUGGUGGAGGACGCUGCGUCGACCGCCAGGCCGGACCUCACGCCGGUGUCCGCCGAUGGUUUCCUGACGGAGCCUGACACACAGGCCCCGGCGGGAGUCAAGGUUGAGGCCCCUGUUGAGACCACACCGGUUGAAAUCUCUGUAGAAACCCCUCUACCAACCCCAAUUGAGAGUCAGGUAGAGACCCCUGUACAAACCCCUAUGGAGAGCCAGGUGGAGAUCCCUGUACCAACCCCUAUGGAGAGCCAGGUAGAGACCCCUGUACCAACCCCUAUGGAGAGCCUGGUUGAGACUCCUGUAGCCACACUCGUGGAGAGCCAGGUAGAGACCCCUGUUCAGACCACUGUUGAGUCCCCUCUAAACACCCCUUUGGAAAGCCAGGUUGAAACCCCUGUAGCCACACUUAUGGAGAGCCAGGUGGAAACCCCUGUUGAGAGUGUGGGGCAGGACAUGGAGGUGGCAGUGGGGGACAGUCCACCUGUGAACACGGCUUUGGAUUCAGGGGGGCAGCCGCUGAGAGCACCAAGCGAGGGGAGUGGACCGAGCCAUCGCACGGUGGCGUCCUCGUCGUCACCGCCGUCGCCCCGGGGGAAGGAUUUGACGAGCGUGGAACCCGCACAGGAGGUGGCAGAGUACAGUCUGCAGCCCAAUGCAGCAGAGCUGAAAGCAGGAACAAGUCGAGUGGACGGGGAGGAGUUGGGGUCGUCGGUAUCAUCGGAGGCGGGGUGUGAGACCUUCAGCAGCCCACCUCUGAUGUGCACUGCCCCGGAGCCCCGGCGCGUGUCGUCCCUACGACACGGCUGGUACGAGGUGGGGGCGGACUCGGUGGGGGUGCAGGUUUACAAGCGCGACAUUGCGCCCAGCGACACGCACGUCAUCUUCCGCGACCACGACUUCACGCUCAUCUUCACCAGCAGCGACCGGAAGUUCUUGGAGAAGGAGGGCGUGGCGGGCAGUGGCCCCACCGUGUUCAGCUGGCAAGUGAAGCUGCGAAACGGCAUCACCCCCGACGAGUGCUCCUUCGUGAACCGGAUGGCGGUGGUGGAAAUAAAACUGCGCAAGAAGCAGAGCCAGAAAUGGGGCGCACUCGAGGCUCCGUCCAACCAAGGUGCAGUGGGAGGUGCCAGGGUGGCGUGCCCGGCGAGCGAGGCGUGGAAGACUGCGGCGCCCGCCGGGCAGCAAGUGGGACAGCCGCCGGCCGUGGGCCAGCUGGGCGAACCGCUCGCUGAGCCCAGGGCCAACCGCACCGCUAACGUCACCGCCAACGCGACGGCGACAGCGGCCGCCAGGGCCGCGAAUGGCGCGGAGUCCGAGAUGGAGGUGGCGGUGGUGCCGGCGCUGGGCUGUGCUCCGUGCGUCGGCAGCGGGGGCGCUGCUGCGGCGGCCCAGAGGACGCUGGAGCGCGGCGCGCCCCCGAUGGUCCGCUCCGGUCGCCGUGACGACGAUGAGGGGGAGGACGACGAGGAGGAGGGGGCGGUGGCAGGGGCAGCGGUGGCUAUUCGUUGUCACGUUGACGGGGACCGGGAGGCGGUGGAGGGCCGUCGCCACGGUUACACGGGGCUCAUCAACCUGGGCAACACUUGCUUCAUGAGCAGCGUCAUCCAGUGCCUGUCUAACACGCGCGAGCUCAGGGACUUCUUCCUUGACAAGGGCUUCGAGGCCGAGCUGAACAUGGAGAAUCCUCUGGGCACGGGCGGCCGCCUCGCCUCCUGCUUCGGCCGCCUGUUGCAUACGCUGUGGAGCGGCACGCAGGACGCCGUGGCGCCCGCCCGCCUCAAGUCGGUGGUGGGUGGCAAGGCGUGCCAGUUCACGGGCUACUCGCAGCAUGACGCGCAGGAGUUCAUGGCCUUCCUGCUGGACGGGCUCCACGAAGACCUCAACCGCGUGCGGCACAAGCCCUACACGGCCACCGUGGACUCGGACGGGCGGCCCGACGCGGUGGUGGCGGAGGAGGCGUGGGCGCGUCACAGGCAACGCAACGACUCCUUCGUGGUCGACCUCUUCCAGGGGCAGUAUAAGUCGACCCUUGUGUGCCCGGUCUGCAGCAAGGUGUCGAUCACCUUCGACCCCUUCCUGUACCUGCCCGUGCCACUGCCGCAGCAGCAGAGGAUGCUGAACGUGAACUUCUACUCUCGAGACGCCGCUUCUUCGCCGCGCGAGGUGACGGCGAGCGUUGACAAAGCGGCCAGGGUGUUGGAGGUGCUGGAUGCGCUGUCGGAGCAGACGGGUGUGGAGCGGGAGAAUCUGCGUCUCAUUGAGGUGUGCGGCUCGGCAUUGCGGCGCGUGCUGCUGCCCCCCCAGCCGCUGGACGUGCUGCCCGCGGGCAGCCGCCUCCUCUGCUUCGAGCUGCCGGCGCCAACGGGGCAGCACGAGCAGCUAGUGGUGAUGUCCGUCUCGCAGCGUCUCAUGGUGUCUGCCGUGCCGGUGCUCGCCUGCGCGUUCUGCCGCCAAACGCCGGGUCCUGCCGCCCGCCUGCGCCGAUGCACCAAGUGCUUCUGUGUCAGCUACUGCAACACUUCAUGCCAGAAGAGCCACUGGGAAGAUCAUCGUCACGUGUGCCGCCCGGAGCCCGUGGGCAGCCCCUUCGUGCUGGCACUGCCGGCCACGCGGCUCACCUACACCGCACUUGCAGAGGCAGCCAGCAGCAUGGCCAGGCUGUCGGUCACGGUGACGCCACUGCCCAGGGAGUAUCCUCCUCCCGUUCCUCCUCCCCGUGACUCCCCGAGCGACGACCACCCGGCCGCGCCGGCUCUCCCCUGCUCCUCCCACCCAAAAGCUGAAGCCGGGCCCAGGCCGACGGGGCCAGGCGAGGCCCAGGGCUCAGCGGAGCCUGACGGGGCCCGGGCCGCGGCACCGGCGGCGAUGUCCGCCGAGGGAGAGGAGACUGCGGCGAAGGGGGGGGUGGCACGAACAGCCGGAGCCCAGUUUCCAUUCGUGCUUCGUCUGGUGGAGAAUGGGAAGGAGUCGGAAAUCGAUGACAAAGGCGAGAUGCCUCUGGCACUCCCCGUCGACGCGCAUCUUGUGCUGGAGUGGAGGAAUCACGAGCGUUACCGCGACGCUGUCGCCGUGGUGACCCGGGAGAUGGGAGGGGCGACCGGCGGAGUUGUGACCCUGCAGCAGUGCCUGCAGCUGUUCACGCGGCCUGAAAAGCUGGCACCGGAGGAGGCCUGGUACUGCCCCGUGUGCAAGACCCACCGGCAGGCGUCCAAGCAGCUGUCUCUGUGGCGCCUGCCCAAUGUGCUCAUUGUGCAGCUCAAGCGCUUCUCCUUCCGCAACCUCCUGUGGCGCGACAAGCUCAACAGCAUGGUCGCCUUCCCCGUCAGGGAGCUGGACCUGAGCGAGUUUGGGGUGCGUGCCACGCGUGGCGGAGGCGGUUGCAGCGGUGGCGGCGGGGAUGGUGCCGGGGGGGGCGAGGGCCCCGGGGGUGGGGGACCCCCACCCGUGUACGACCUGUACGGAGUCAUCAACCACUACGGGGGCAUGGUGGGGGGCCACUACACGGCCUUCGCACGCCUGCCGCACGCUCACGACACGCGGCACAACCACAUCGGUUGGCGGCUGUUUGACGACAGCGCGGUGGUGGAGGUGGACGAGUCGGAUGUAGUGACCCGCCACGCCUACGUGCUGCUCUACCGGCGCCGCGACUCGCCCGUGCCACGCCCCUCCGCACCACCAGCCCCACACGCUGGGGUUGGUGCCAGCAAUGCCGGUACUGCCGGCGCCGUCAGCACCAGGGAUGAGGCGCCGGGCGGUGGCGCGGCGGAGCUGGCGGCGCUGUCCUCUGCCGGCGCCAGGCUGCGCGACCCGCCUGUCCAGCCCGCAGUGCCGGCCUCCCCGCUGGCAUUCACCGACAUGGAGGAGGUGGACUGAUGAUGCGGUGCGAGGAGGGCAUGGCGGCGGCGGCGGUCAGGGUGGUGGUGGUGCUGGACCGCGUUUCCAAGUCCCUCUUUCCAGUGGCAGCCACUGGACAUUUUCAGCGACAAAAAAAAGAGAGUUGGGUCAAAAUUUGCGAGGUCUGCGACAAACGGCGGCAACCGUGGGGGUGGACCGAGGUUGGGGUGGAAGGGGGCAGGGAAAGUUCAGCGGAAUAUUUUGACAUCUGUGGUUUUCAAUCGACGUAGAAAAUAAUUCCCCCCCCCCCUCUCCUUCGUAGUUUGAAGCGAAGGGCGUCGUCGCUCGGUCGUGCUCGUUCUGCGGCGUCGAUUGCGGAGUACCGAUCCACGAGAAAGCCCAGCGGCUCGACCACACCACCCACACAGGCUGGAAACGGCCCGAAGUUCCGGUCAUAAUCCGAUCGGUUCCUCGCGACGCGGUUUUGUGUCAAAUUCACUCGUCAGUAGCACGUGGCAGGGCUCCUAUUUUUGUUGCACGUCCAUCCCUAAGCUCUCCUUUGUUGCAUUGUGGGAAGUUUAUUCACUUUCCGCUAAAGGUCGCGGAUUGUAUAACACCACCGACUGAGUCCCCUUUAAUUUGAAUAUAAAAUAAGGUUGCUAAAUCGUUUAUUGUUUCUACCUAUUGGGUUUUCUAUUAUACGCAAACAUCGUAAUGUCAUUUAUCGUGGGGUAUCCGCAGUACGACACAUCGAAUACUACUGUAACAUAUUUGGCGGUGUUAAUGAUUAGUACUACAUUACCCUGUUUAAGCGCCACACGCUGUCAUUUGCUGGAGUUUGUUACAAACUUGUUUCUGGAAUCCUGAAGGUCAUAGAGAAACGGGGGUUGGUGGUGGCUCAGGCACGGGGGUUGUACAGUUGUGGGUGGCGUUGUCGUGAAAGGAUGUGGCGGUAUGAGCGUGGGUGUCACUGGUUGUAUCUGGAAUCCACAGCACUUCCCUCUGACUUCAGGACCUGUGGCCCGCCCCUCCGUGCCCCUUUUCGGCUGUGACCUCAAUGUCAGGCUACGUUGGGCAGGGUUAACCCGGAAGGGCGAACCGUAGAGGCGCUUCACGGGGAUGAACUCUUGCUCGUGCAAGUCUCCACAUCUUCCAAUCGUCCGGCACGAGUAGUGCGUGCGCACAGAGGAAGAGGAACUGAAGUCCCAGGAGCCGGGCUGCAGUCGGUUUGCCGUGCGUGGCUGUUUUGUAAGGGGUUGUUGGGAGCGCGUGGAGAGUUGGCACAAGCUCCUCUCAUCCAGAGCGACUCUGACCCACGUCCUCCUGCGUCGUGACAUCCAAUCUGUUGAGACCCUCGCCAACGCACUUGUGUCUGAUUGGUCGACUGAGCGCGACUUCCCUCGUCGCAAUUUUUUUGAUCUCCUGUGACCUCCGCCCCCCCCCUCCCAUGGUCGCUUGUGCGUCCUGGUCGCCGUGCGCCCGCCCAUCGGCUGUUGCGCAAUGUCGCGCGUUUAAUGCUAUUUUUCCACUGCACUACCGAACCUCGCCUGGACUGUGCCGAACCAACUUGGCGCAGUUCAAGAGGCGCCAGGUUUUUCCACUGUAGAAUCCGAGCCGUGUGCCGCCUAUUUCAAACGUAAUGGACAAUUCGAAGAGGCAUGUAGAUGAGGCGGUGAUGCUGUGUUUUGAGUUGCACUUCUGUUGCCCCUGGCCCUGUUUGGCACCAAGCUGGAUUCGGAUGUUUUGCAAGGCCAGAAUGAUCGCAAUUUGGUUUUGACUCGACAAACGGCAAGUGGAAAAACGACCCCUGUACCACGAAAGGCCUUGCGCCGGCUCGGUUCGGAUGUGCCAAUGGAAAAAAUACUUACGCUUAACGAUUAUAAAAAAUACAAACCCCACACGGUUUUCUUCGGGGAAUGAGUUUGCACACUUGUUGCACUGCAUGUACAGACGAGACGAUAGCGUUAAUAAUUAUGAGAGGUGAAAAAGAAGUGACUCCUCUGUUUCCACUUUGUGGGAGACGUGUGUGUGUGUGUGUGUGCCGUGCUUGCGUGAAGGUUGUUUGCGUGCGUGAGUUGAUCCUGCAGCUCUUGUGCCCCAGGCCUUCUUUACCCAGCUCCUAGCAUUUCUCAAAACCAUCAUCUCACCUACCGCCUACUCCAGACUAUCAGCGACCCGGAAAAGUAUCCAUCGGUGUGCGGAUAGAGAUGACGAUUCCUGCCCCAGUCGCUCCCAGAUUUUUCUGCGUCCGCCCUUUGCUUGAAUCUGCUGCACGUGACACCCACUCGUGGGCCUUUCUCUGCCUCGCGUUUUUUGUGUGUGUCCAUUUUGCACCACUGCUUCCCCUGGUUGUGCCUGUCCAGUGCAUCUCCUUUUACAGCACAAUGUCGCAUAUCCGACUCGUAUGUGUAACGUGGUCAGAUUGGUGAAAAUGUGGAAAAUGAGUUGCACAACCUAGCACAAAUAGGGGACUGGAAAAAAAUGAAGCGCAGACUCUUGUGAAGGUGGGGAAAUGCUUACCUGUGUACUUUCGAAGUAAGCGAUUGUACGCGAAGUUAACAAUAACAUGACUGCGUGAAACGGUCACAUUUUUUAUCGUCUAGGCAAAUGCGAAUCGCGCCGUGCGCUCAUACUGCACUGGGUGCGGGCGCAUACUUGGUCAUGGCUAAUAUGUGACGGUCGGAUAUGCGACGUACUGUGCCUGCCUUUUAUCCCCCUUCUACAUGCGUCUCGUUUGUCUCCCUGAAUCAUUCUGCCCGUCUCCCCUCGUCCCUUCUCCCAGAGAGUAAACAAUGAAGUUGAGAUCUUAGCGCUGGCCAGCAGCGCUGAACGUUGCCUGGACGGGUGUAACGAGCGAGCAAAGCGCCCACCUGCACUCACUGAGGUUUUACGCGUUCUCUCCCUGCGUCGUUUAUCAAACCGCAGAGAAGAAGGAGCGAUUUGAGUAGACACAAUUUUACCCCUGACCUGACCUCCGUUCUGCUUUGGGUUUAGGUCUGAAUUUGUCGGGCUUAAGAAAAUCCCACAGGUGCAGCAGUGGGUCCUCGAAAUACCGGGGUCAUUCAGAGCUGGAGUGUCCUAGCGUAUCUGAUUUUCUUCGCAAAACUACGUCACUUCCAUGAAGACCCAACAUUGAGCCCAUUUUCAGCUUGUGAUUUUAUUAAGCGCUCGACACAUUCACGUUACGUUAAGCCACAUAGCAUCGAACGUGAAUGUUAUAACGUAACUUUGGAACAACUUAAAUAUGGCAAUUCGGUCUGGAGGUGGGGUGAAGCAGUAAGUGUACAAGGUACACUACAGUAUAGUGCAAUACUAAACUGGGACUGCCUGGCACGUGGCGGCUUGGCACAGCGUGAGGUUAACAGUGGACAGCCGAGUCGGCAUAUCUUUGCUUUUUAUCGUUCAACUCGCCUUUUGCCCGUCCAAGGACCGGGAUGUAUUGCAGUAAAUCUGAAACUUGUACAGACCGCGACGUGAUAUUCAUUGCAUUAAUGCGUGUGCAAUGUGUAAGGGCGCGGUGACACAGACCUAUUUAAUUUUAAGGUAAUAAUCCCUUGCUCAUCAAGACGUCCUUUUUACUUUGAUGUCUCAACAGCGUUACAGAGAUCGCGUGACGUGAGGGUUCUGCCUUUGUAGUGAGGGUUGUAAGUUGACGCCGAGGAUGGGGGAGGAGGCGCCUCGUCCCCCCAUGUGGAGUGACAUCAGCUGCUAAUUAUUAUGAGUGGGGGGUGGGUUUCCAUUUGGAGGACGUCACCUGCUCAUGAAUAUUAAUUAGGGGGGCUGGUCAAUGUGGAGUGACGUCACGAGCGUUAAGGACAGACAUUCCUGGGUGAUUAUAGUCGGUAUAUCUGAAAUUUGGGAGUGCCAUUUUCAAUCUAUUUAAAUGCGGGAAACGGUAUAGCCACCCACACGCUCUUUCAAGGACACACUGCUGUGUUUUGGUUUUGUUGUCGAUGGUUUAUAUUUUUCUUCUUCUGUCCCAUGGCAUGCAUGGCUUUGGGUUUAGAGAUCUUUGUUUAACCCCUAGGUGAGAGGGCAGAUUUUGUCAGCAGUCCAGAAACGAUGAAGAGCCAGCCACUCUGCAUGUUGUCCGCUGGGUUCGUCACCCCCCCCUCCCCCCAUUGGCUCAAGUUAUGCACCAGGAGUGAUCUCACCGCAAGGUCAAGUUCGGCUCGACGCAGCUCAUUUUGGACUCGUCAAUCAAACUUUAUUUGGAGGAGAAAAAAAACGAAAACACAUCUGCAUGAGUGGGAGCGGCUCGAUGCACUCGCCCCAUGGCAGCGGAGCCAGACAAGUCCUCCCGAUGGGACACUGCCACCGAUUUAUAAAUGCACGUGGCCACGUGCGUGUGUGUUUUGAGGUAUGUGGCUCGCAGGGUUUGGAGGUUUUGGGCCCACCCCCGUUUUACCUUUACAAUCGUACAAUACAACCUUAAUGUGUGGAUUGUCUCAAAGAAAUAAUGUCUAAAGAUGCUGAACAACAGUUAUGCUUUUCACAAUAAAACAUCGGUGGACGGGUGUAUUAAACCUGGCAUCGAUCCACACCAGUUGAGACGUUGGCCUCGGCUGUGAGCAGGUCUGGUUAACUUUGCUCCUCUGGCAGUUAUAUUAUAGCAAGUCGAGUGAACUCAUUACAGCAUAGGUUGGCUACGUGCUGUGCGAAAGAAGUUCAACAUACAGACUUAAGCAUUUAGGUAAAUCCACAAUUUCGGAUGUAUAUUCCGUACCCUUUCAAAAGGUGGAUAAUCAUUAGUUUAACCAUUCAGUGGGGUUUUUUUUUGCAUAAAAUAUCAACCAAUUGCGACUUAAUCAAGGGGGAAUGCUCUUAAAAUGUCAAUGUCGGACGUACGAAAAACAAACGGAGUCAUAAGGGAUUUCCUGCUCCAAUGAGCACUGGCCGAUAGAGCCAGUGGUGGAAUUUCCACAUUCCUAUGGCGGGGGCGAGUCUCUUCCAUAGGAUAAUCACUGUUAAUUUCACCACAACGAUUGCGACCCGUUUUAGUGACCUGACGAGGGAUGAUUAGCCGAGUCGACCCACGAGGAUUUUAUUGCCCGUCACAAAACUACAAAUACUGUACUUCCAAAAUGAUUCCCCAUGCGUAUUGUGUUGAAUCUGAAAUUCUGACUGAGAGGUUACCGAAUUUGUGUAAAUACUCUACCUGUCAACCCCUUAUCGGUGCACUUACCUUAUUACUUGACGAUUCAGACCUUAUUGGUCACCCCGUGCCCUUAUAAAUCUCAACGUUCAUCCUACAAAGUACCAUCACAUGGGAGAAACGCAAACAAAUAGACGAAAAAUAUAUAUUUUUCCCCCGUAUUGAUUGUCUGUAUGCCGUAUGGACCUAACAACUGUACAAGAAUACGGGUAAAUCGUAUGGGGUUGACAGGUAUGAACUGCCCAUCUUGGGAAAUUCCACCCACACAAUAGGAAUGUAGGCUAUUGGACGCUUGGUCACACCCGGUGACACUUAACUUCAGUUCAAACUCCCGCCUGUGUUUGUGUUAUUACUACCAGUUGAUAUCCAUCCUGAGACUGUCUAAAUGUUUUCAUUUUUAAGAGGCUCUGUUUAAAAUGGGCUGCACUGCGACACACACUGCACGUGACGCUUGUGCUCACGUUUGUGAUGUACAGCGGUGUAAAAUAUUUUAAAAAAUACUAUUUUCUUCUCACUGUUAAAGUGUUUCAUGAAACUGGUUAUUUCCCCGUUAAAUUGUCUCCCGGUUGCGGAAUGCGUAACCGCAUGGGAUUGGCUGGGUGUGCGCGCGUUCCUGUCAUGUGAUGAUGAUGAUGAUGGUGGAAUGUGGUUAUGGUGAUGUUGAUGAUGCCACUAUUUGAUAUAAAGCCUGUGUAAUGA